GCCAGCUUGUGAACUUCUCUCACAAGCUGUCAAAAAAAGCAAUUUUGAAGAGAGAAAUUCCGAAGAAACCUCCUGCUAUGAAGUAUCAUGGAAACAAACACACAACUUCCUUUCAUUCUAUAAAAUAUACCAAGGCAGUCACAUAGUAAUACCAAAACCGAAAAUGGCUAGCUUAUGGAGAUCAAAGGAGGUAAAGGGUCGAUCAAAGCCUGAUCGUAAGUGCAAGAAACACCCAAAACACGAGCAACCACCAGGAGUUUGUUCCGUUUGUCUAAGUGAAAAGCUUUCUCAACUUCCGACUGGUGCGACGACUUCACGUAUUGCCUCUCUUAAUACAAUGGAUUGCUCCUCCUCUUGUUCAUUGUCAUCAUAUUCUUCAUUUUCUUCAUACUCAUCUCCAAUGCAUCAUUUUCAAAUUCCUACUCAUGGGAAAGGUUCUUUCCCUUUGUUCUUCAAUGGCAAGAAUAUGUUACUCACCAAGAGUAGAUCACUGGCUUUUGUUCCGAGAAGAGGGAAUAAAGAUUGUCACGAGAAGAAGAAAGGUGGGUUUUGGUCCAAGUUGCUACGUCUUCCGAAAGGUAAGGAGGUUGAGGAAGGACGGGUACACUCCAGGACCAUGAGGGAAAGGGUUAUCAUCAGUACUAGCUAGGGUUGAACGACUAUAUGUAGUUUCUUGAAUAGUUUCUUUAAUUUGUUCUUUUUGGUUAUAUAAGUUCGAUUAGAUAAAUGUUAUAAUUGUACAACAAAACUAAAACAAAUGGAUAUAAGAAUAGAAUAAACUAAGAAGAAAUAUAA